UAAAAAGAAAGAAACAAGAGAGAGGGAGCUUGUUUCUAAAAGAAGGCGCGCGAGGGCGAGGUCAGAGCGAUGGGAGGAGGGAUUCUACUGCGGGGAGUGGCUAAGGCCGUCACCAGGCCUCCGAUUGUGGGUCUAGCAGCGGUGGCGGCGGCAGCGACAUCUUCGAGCGUGCCCCAGUCGGUGAUGAUGGGCAGUGCCAGCGCCAGCAGCGCCGCCGCGCUGCCGCUCCGCGCGGCGGUGGCGGAUGAUUGGGUGUUUGCGGGAGAUGAGGAGCGAUCCGAGUAUUUCGUCCGCGACCAUUUGGUGUUUGGAGCGGCGCCGUCGCGGGACGAGGUCGAGGAGGCUACCGCGGAUUUGCAGAAUGCGCUUGGCAUGUGUUUUGGAGAGGGACUUCCAACUCCAGCUUUGCAGCAAGACUCCCCGGUUUCGAGCAUUCGAGGGCCAAGCAGUGUUCAUCUCGGUCACCCGGUUGUGGAUUGGAUCGAGCCGCAUUUGGUGUCGCAUGAGCCUGGCAACGUCCAAGUCUGUAGAAGGAACGAGGUUGCCGAGGCGUUUAGUUUGCUCCAGAACGAUCCUAUCGUUCAAGGGGUCGUGAUGUCGGUCGCCAGUGACAAAGCCGUGUGGGAUGCGGUACUGGCGAACGAGAAAGUCAAGGAGUUUAGGAAGAAGCUCCAGGAGAAUGGAUACGAGAGCUUUGUAGCUGGCGAUGGCGAGGUCAUACAGGAGGGGGGCAAGCACACACGCCCCAGUGAUCAGCCCAACCCCAACCUGGUGGAUUUCCUCGCGCAGCUGCUGGAUUACUCCAAGAAUGCUUACCUUCGAGUCAAGCGCAUGCUCACUGAGCUUCUCUCCAGCUUCCUCGACAAUAAGUUCUUCUCAACCAAGGAUGGAAACUUUGCCGACCCAGCCAUCAAGUCGUGCUUCAUGCUGAGCCUCGUCGUUCUCUCGGUGGUGCUGCUCAAGCGAGCGUCGGCUGCCUGAAAAGAAAGAGAUCUUUCCUCCUUCCAGUCACAGGUACUUUCAUUUCUCGCCAUAGAGUAAUGCUCUCUCUUCUUGUGCAUACUACUAGAUCGAUAGAUACAGGAAAGUGGUUUAACAACAUUCCAUGCAAUACACAUUUUGUUACAAGAAAA